GAUGAAGAAAGAGGUAAUGAAGAUGGUCAUGAUGAAUGGGAUUGGUGGUUGAGAGAUUUUAAGGGAUGGAGGAAAGGAAGAGUAGCGACGAGUAACUUAGGGUUUUUGAGGGAUGAAGGAGAGGAAAAAUGGAGCAAGAAGGAAGAUGUGAUUAAGGAAUUAGGGGCUCUCAACAAGUAG